AUGGCGUCAAAGAAGCCGUGCAAAUAUGGAGGGAAAUGUUACAGGAGAAAUCCUCAGCAUUUACGGGAAUAUAGUCAUCCGAGUGAUGAGCAACAGUCUGAACAAGAAAACAUCAAAAGGAAAAAAGUGACUGACGAGAAUGACACAGAGUCAGAGCCGAAGAAAACAAAAGGCAAUGAUACAAAAACUGUUGUUCAACAAUCUGACCCGCUCUCGUCAGAGAAAAGUACACACGAAGAAGAGCAAAAAGUAGUAAAUGAAACAACUGACAGUUCUAGCGGAAUUGACAGUGAAGAAGGGGAAGAGGAAGAUAUUCCCUCUCCUGCUAAUGUCAGGGAUAACAUCAAACAAAAAUACCUCAUGGAUAUGCCUGAAGAUUUCUACCAGUUUUGGGAAUUCUGCAAAAAGCAAAAUGGAUCUCACCCGGAGAAUGCUAUGAAAUCUCUGCUAGGUUGGACACUGGUUGGACCAUAUGAUAUUUUGGCAGGGAAACACAAAGGAGUUAACAAAAACAAGAAAGGGAGACGACCAAAGUUUCUAUUACAUUACCGUUAUUACUAUGAUCCACCAGAAUUUAUGACAGUUGUCAAAGGAGAUAAAGAUACGCAGUUCCAUAUAGGAUAUUUCAGAGAUGAACCAUCAGAAAUGCCAGUUUUUGUUGCAGUGAACCAGGCAAAAGACUCCUGUAAAAUUACCCCAAAAGGAGAGAACAUCUUUGGUGCUGUUAAAAACAUCAUAGAUGAAGAACUGAAAUCUGCUGAUCAAGACCAAAAGAAAAAACUAAAAGAUUUUCAGAACCAAUUAAUUGACUUUGCCAAGUCCAGAAAACUUUGUUUGGACCUUCAGAGUAAUGAAAUGAAAAAGCGAAACAAAAAGGUUGUUUGUAAAACAUUUCAUGGAGCUGGAAUAGUAGUUCCUGUAGACAAAAAUGAGGUUGGGUAUCGACCAGUUCCAGAAACACCUGCUGACUUGAAAAAAAUGUUUAAGAAAGUUGUUGAAAGCAAAAGCAAGGAAGAAAGAGACAAGAAUAUGGACCCAAUCCAGGAACUCAUCACUUUAGUACAGUUUGCAAAUGAUGAAUGUGAUUAUGGAGAAGGCCUUGAGCUUGGCAUGGAUCUAUUCUCAUUCGGAGGUGAAGUUCUGCAUCCCCUUAUCCAGCAUUUACUUCCCCUUGCAUAUCAGCUUCUUGGACGGUUUGAAUUCAAAGACAUAAUUGAACUGCAUUUGAAAAACAGGUCACAUAAUGUAAAUAAUGAAUUAGAGAUGUGAGAUAGGUCUAUAUUGUUGUAAAUGUUCUGUAUUCUAUAGUUAAUAAAU